UUUGGAGAGCACGGUGAUAUAUUAUCAUCAAGAGAAAAACGUUGUGGGUGUGAAUUGCGUUAAACAUGGCGCUGUUUUCAGCAGCAGCAAAAGGAGACGUCCUGAAGAUACAAUCAUUAAUCGACUCCGAAGACAAGUCAGAGGAUUCGGGAGGAGUUGAUGUAAACUGCUCGGAUGUGUCUGGCAAGACGCCCCUCCACAUUGCCGCGGAAAACGGACAUUUGCAAUCGGUUAAAUGCCUAACAAAUCAUGGAGCAAAAGUGAAUGUUGUCGAUGCUAACCUACAGACAUCGGUUCACUUAUGCUCAAAGAAAGGCCAUCUUCAUGUGGUAGAGCUGUUAGUGGACGAAGGAGCAGAUAUUAAAAUUGGCGACAAAGAUGGGUUUACAGCUCUUCAAAUAGCAUCAUUCAAGGGUCAUGUUGAUAUUGUCAAAUACCUUGUUAGCAAAGGGGCACAGCUUGAAAAAUGUGACAAGAAAGGCAGGACACCCUUGUCGUGUGCUUCUCAAAAAGGCCACCUUGAAGUCGUCGAGUAUAUCGUGAACAAAGGAGCAGACAUUGAAAUUGGUGAUAAAGAUGGGGUUACAGCUCUUCAUAAAGCAUCAUUCAAUGGUCAUCUUGAUAUUGUCAAAUACCUUGGUAGGAAAGGGGCACAGCUUGACAAACGUGACAAAAACGACCGGACACCCUUGUAUUGGGCUUCCGCAGAAGGCCAUCUUGAAGUCGUCCAGUUUCUUGUGAACGAAGGAGCAGGCAUUAAAAUUGGUGAUAAAUAUGGGGUUACAGCUCUCCACAGAGCAUCAUUCAAGGGUCAUGUUGAUAUUGUCAAAUAUCUUAAGGCCAUCUUGAAGUCGUCGAGUUUCUUGUGA